GCAUGUUUAUUCACACUUCCUGUUCCGGAAUUUGGAAAACUGCACGGCAGGAGCGGGGGAAAAGUACAACAGUGCACAGUGGACCCAUAGGACAGUGAAUCGCAAAGACUCUUCGGGACCUACCCAACUACUUUUGGUGGAAAGAUGUUCUAGUGAUCUGGGUAUGAAAAGCUGGGCCUUUGUCGUCGGCUCUGGGUGACAUGAAAUGCGGCUACUGUCGCUACCCCGUGCCGACUCUACGACCAUGGCCUCGCCACUGCCCCCCUGCACAGCUGUCAGAUACUCUGCCCUGGCAAUCGUCGCUCUUCUCCUGCUCUCGGCGACUGCUGUGAAGGCCUCCCAAGGCGACAAGGAGCCAGUUUACCAAGGCUGUGUCACGCAAUGUGUUCGGACCAACUGCACCGGAGCUCGGCUCAGAGGUUUUCAGUCUACACAGCCGCCUUACAUGGCGCUGACAGGCUGGACGUGUCGUGAUGACUGCCGGUACCAGUGCAUGUGGCAAACGGUGGGACUGUACCAGGCUGAAGGCUACAGCAUCCCACAGUUCCAUGGAAAGUGGCCAUUUGCUCGGUUCCUGUGCUUCGAGGAGCCGGCGUCUGCUCUGGCCUCUCUGCUCAACGGCCUGGCCUGCCUUCUGAUGCUGCUGCGCUACCGCAGCUCUGUCCCACGCCAGAGCCCCAUGUACUACACCAUCACCGCCUUCUCUCUGGUUUCUCUCAAUGCUUGGUUCUGGUCCACAGUGUUCCACACUCGGGACACCUAUCUCACUGAGAAAAUGGACUACUUCUGCGCAUCUGCUGUCAUCCUCUACUCUAUCUACCUAUGCUGUGUGAGGACGUUGGGGCUGAAGAAGCCGGGGGUGUCCAGCAUGGUAGGGGUCCUGCUCAUCCUGGCCUUCACCUCCCACGUGUCUUACCUGACCUUCGUUAGCUUCGACUACGGUUACAACAUGGCUGCCAACGCCACCAUAGGCAUAGUGAACCUGCUGUGGUGGCUGUGCUGGUGCUGGCAGAACCGGCGUACACUGCCCUACUGGUGGAAGUGUGGCUUGGUGGUGGUGCUGCUCCAUGGCCUGGCCCUGCUGGAGCUGCUUGACUUCCCGCCACUGUUUUGGGUCCUGGAUGCCCAUGCAGUCUGGCACCUCAGCACUGUGCCGGUGCACUUCCUCUUUUACAGUUUCUUGAUAGACGACAGUCUCCAUCUACUCAACACAGAGAAGACUGGUGUGAAACUGGAGUAGCAGGAGCUCAUCACCACUUCACCCUGCCUCUUUCCUCACUCACCAAUCAAGGCAGCCGUGCACCAGAAUGGGGUGGAGCUCAGUCGCAAUGGCUACCUGCAUGGCACCUGUGCAUCCAUGAAUUCCAUCAAAGUAUAUACUUUUUUUGUUGAUUUUAUUUCAUGUUUUUUGGGGGGUUGAUGAAAUUAUUUCAAAUAAUAAUUUUUCACAUGAGAUUUUUCUUGACUUGAUGUUUGCAUUCAGUAAGCUUUGCCUUGUAUAGAGUGAGAAAUAAGGCCCCUUUGUCAUUAAACUUGAUCUAAAUAUUAAUAGAAUACUGGACAUUUUACACAGUAGACCAGAUGCACAUUGGGUAUCCACCGGCACGCAUGCAUAUCGAUUUGAUCAAAGUCCUCUACAGAAUAGGCUUCGUAGGCUUGAAGUUAGCCCCAUAACAGACACGGAAUGCAUUAGCUGUCAAAAUCGGGCAGUCCUUUGAAAGUGAUCGAAAACGGGGCCUUAAUCCCUGGGUCAUGUUCAAUAGGCACGAAAUGGAAGAAAGUGGUCUGAAACGAAGAGGUUCCAUCUGAACUCGUCCAAUGAGAAAUGGUGUGCCCUAAUAAACGCAACCCUCUUGUACAUGAGGGCAUGGUUUGAGUUUACAUUAUAGAAACUGCAGCUGCAUGUGCCCAAGUCCAUCUGUGCCAAAAGUGUCCCGACAUACAGAGUGAGAGAGGUGCCCCCUGUCAGGGUGGGGAUGCCAGCGGAUUGUUCUGGAGUGGGGGGAAGGGGACCAGGGAGCAUGUUUGGAGGCCAUUCCAGCUGACUAUUUUUUUUUUUUUUUCGCCAUUACCUUGAUUUUUGCGCCUAUGCUAUUUCCAUUGCUGCUUCUUUUAUUUGAUAUUCUUUUAAAUGGAUUUUCAAAUUAGAUUUUGUAUUUGUUGCCAUUUAAGAUUUAUUUGACAUUGUUGUGUUGAUAGUUUUUCUCGGUUAUGACCACUUGUGGUUUUGUUUUAGGUUAUCAUGUAAUGGAAGUCUUAUUUUUAUUCACCUUGAUUGCCUUUCUGUGUGAGGAAAAGGAGAGAUGGGAGUGGGACAAUAGGAUAGAAGUAUAGAGUUGUGGACAGGGGGAGUGUACUGUGCAGUUAACCUAUUGUACUUAACAAAAGUGAGGGUCAGACACAGGGGUGACCAAUAACACCUGGUUUAGUGUGUGUGUGUGCCCUGCCCCCAAUUUUGGAUGUGUUUGGAUGCAUUGCACCCAUGGUCUCAAUAUCACACACUACUCGAUGCUGAGAUGCUACCACAGCACUCUGGAGAAUGUGUUCUCUCCACUUUUGCCUUACAUGUAACACCCUGCCUUGUCAAUUUGUUGUUUGUGUACGUACAUUACACUAUCUGUAUGCUUGGUAACUUAUUACCAUUUCCUUUGCCACAUUUAACCAUCUGCCUUUCCUAUGUUGCUCUCUAGAACUAAACAUUGGCAACUAAAUUGUAAUAGCUUGAAUUCAUACAAAGUAUAACUUUAUUUCCGUUUGUUUGCUGUGCCAUAGUUAUGUGCACUGUGUGUGUGUGUGUAUGUGUGCACUGCAUGCAUGUAACCAUGUGUGUACAUUUUAAAUUCUGUCCAUGCCUUUGUUGUAUGUGAGCAUGUGAACAAUGAAGAGUAUGUGUUGCUCGUGUUUCUCCUCAAGGUUCUGUUAUUACUGCGGAUGACCAUCAUGAACUGUCUCAACUUGUGUGUGUGUGGGUGAGAGAGCGCACGUGGGGGUGUGUGUGAUAACACUACCCCUGAAGUAGACCCCCAAUGCGUCAGCUAUGUGAGUGUGUGUAUGUGUGUGAGGGUCGCUGUAUGAAAGCAUGGCUGACCGUGUGUGUGUGUAUAUAUAUAUAUAUAUAGCUUCACUGAAAGCCAGAGGGGGGAGAGAUGGCGUGAUAUGUGGGGGAAGAAGGCUACAGGAAAAUCAGGAAUAGUGACAGAGAGGACCUAGAUUAAAAAGUUUUGUUCUGAAUCA